AUGAAAUUAUCCGAGUCGCCGAUUGCACAGAUUUUGUUUCUCUUUGAUAUCUCGUGCGCCCAGCAUGUCCUCUUUGACAUGGGUCUUUUUGUGCAGAUCAUCCAAUCUAUCAUCCUGCAGCUAUCGUUUAUCAUAAAUUCGGCUCUCAUCAAUAUCAUUGCAAAGGCAAUCGAUCUCAAAAUACCCCCGCCCAUACUGAGGUAUCGUUCAAAAUGCUUCCAUCCCAUUCAUACGGAACAUGCCGAGUUGGGAAAACUCUUUUCAUACAUAAAAUCGAUGAUGCCAAAAUCUCACGAUCCAUCUCCAUAUUCUUGGGACAUUGUAAAGCUCUAUUUGCUUCACGCAUUUUCGGACUAUCCAUGGAGCCACUCCUCGUCAGAUUCUAGCCUCAAAAUAAUACUCCUGUUUUCCGAUUGCUUUAACUCCAUUGAUUUGGUCCUCUUUUCCGAUCUGCUGCCAGCAUUCUCCUCUAAUCAGGUAAAGCUAGCCAUUGUUACGGACCACAAUACGCCAUUGCAGAUUGAAGCGUUCAAGCCCUUCAUUAGCCGAUCUUCAUUUUCCUCCUUGACUGCAAACAUUUCCCAUCUAUUUGGGAUGGGGUUUCAGCCCAGUCCGCACCAUCUCAAAAAGAUAAUUAAGCAUCUUGAGAAUCGAAAACGGGCUGCUUUCCUUGCCCAUUCUGAUGCAGCAGUGCGAAAUUCCGAUCCUCUUCAGAACAUUGAAGACAUUAUUUCGGCAAAUGAUGUGUUUGCUGAGCUUGCAGAUCUCAGAAGCCUUUUUGUUUCCAUCCCAGGCCUGAAGCCGCACUCUUUUGAAAAUUUUGUUCUUUUCACGUAUUUUUAUUUCUUAUUUAGCGCCGCUUCUGACGAGCUGAUCAUACAGAGCUUAAAUUUGACGCUUGAUGCCUGCAAUGAUGGUCUUCUUCUCGAGUUUUUUUGCCUUUCCUCGGAUUGCAGAUCAUUGUUGCUCGAUGUUAUCGAAAACGCCCACACAAAGCAUCAUAGAUUGGCGCCACAUCUUAGCGAAGGGCUGUUUGAAUCAAUUCAUGCCCUUGCCACCUAUUUUCGCACAAAAAAGGCAAUCAGAUCUGAUCCUCUUCUCCGGAUCUUGUUCAUUGUUAGUCCGUUAGGAUGCCGCAUUUUUUUGGGAUACAAAGAUUUGUAUUCAUUAUUGGAAGAUCUGACGAUCUCAUUUCUAAUAUCGGGAGCCAUCAUGUGUGAAGAUUCAUGUCCAUCUAUGGAAAAAGACAUUGAAUUGCUACAAAAAGCUUUAAAUUUUGCUCCAGGACAUGAUGGCCCACGUGGAUGGAGCUCUGACCAAUUAUCCCAAAUAAAAGAAGCUAUAUCGGAGAUUUUCCAGAGUCCAGAGGAUAUUUCUGAGCCCGAAAUUAUGACAACAGUCGCUUUGAAUAGCGAGAAUACACCGGCAGGUUCUUCUGCAGAUAUACAAAGCACGUCUUCACAGUCUUUCUUUACCGGACUUGGUGCCGCUAGCAGGCAUUUUCUACAAACCCAUUCUUCCCUUACGUCAAUAGAAGUGUUAACUCCUGGGACCGUUGAAAGCGCUUGUGGAAGUUCAUCCCAACCUAUCAAUACCGGGAUUUUGGUGCACGAAACACCGACAAAGGAGUGCCCAAAUACUUUCACACCAAUGGCAUUAAAUUUGGACGAUGAUCACAAUAUCGUUAUUGCAGAGACUCCAAAAAAAUUUAUUUCCUGCAAGCGGUCUCUGCAAUAUUGA